AGGGUAGUGCCGGGGGCCGACACUAGAGGCUGGUCCCGCCGCCCCGUGCCACUGUUGUUUUGGUUAGCAGCAGGUUAGCUUCAUGCUUUCUGCUGUAGCCGGCUGAAAUGGUGAUGGCUCUCCCAUGAGGUGGGGGAGCGGGGCUGUGUUUUCUGAUUAAACUCCUAGAGAAGUGUCGCGGACAUGGCCGGAGUUUUCGACAUCGAUUUGGAUCAACCGGAUGAGAACGUCUCUGACGACGAACUUGAGGAUGGGACUCAGCUGGGUGAAUACAUGGACCAAUGCAGUAGUUUUGAAUUUAACAUGGAUGACUGUGAGAAGUUUGAAAUCUCAGAGAACAGCGUAAAUAAAGGAACGGAGCAGAUCAGGCCUGAAUGCUUUGAGCUGUUAAAAGUUUUGGGGAAAGGUGGCUAUGGAAAGGUGUUUCAGGUCCGGAAGGUGUCGGGCUCCACUUCUGGGAAGAUAUUUGCUAUGAAGGUUUUAAAGAAGGCCAUGAUUGUGCGUAACGCGAAGGACACAGCGCACACCAAAGCCGAAAGGAACAUUUUAGAGGAGGUGAAGCAUCCUUUCAUCGUGGACCUCAUCUAUGCCUUCCAGACAGGGGGAAAGCUGUACCUCAUUCUGGAGUAUCUGAGUGGUGGCGAGCUGUUCAUGCAGCUGGAAAGAGAGGGGAUUUUCAUGGAAGACACAGCAUGUUUUUACCUGGCUGAGAUCUCGAUGGCGCUGGGUCACCUCCACCAGAAAGGCAUCAUCUAUCGGGACUUGAAGCCUGAGAACAUCAUGCUCAGUAACACUGGACACGUGAAGCUGACCGACUUUGGGCUGUGCAAAGAGUCCAUCCACGACGGAACGGUUACCCACACCUUCUGUGGAACCAUCGAGUACAUGGCUCCAGAGAUCCUGAUGAGGAGCGGACACAAUCGAGCCGUGGACUGGUGGAGUCUGGGGGCGCUCAUGUACGACAUGCUGACGGGAGCGCCUCCGUUCACUGGUGAGAACCGAAAAAAGACGAUCGACAAGAUCUUGAAGUGCAAACUCAGCCUUCCACCUUACCUCACACAAGAAGCCAGGGACCUCCUAAAAAAGCUGCUGAAACGAAGUGCCUCAACACGACUCGGGGCUGGACCAGGGGAUUCUGCUGAGGUCCAGGCUCACCCAUUCUUCCGGCAUAUCAACUGGGACGACCUCCUCGCUCGCAAAGUAGAGCCUCCAUUCAAACCAUUUCUGCAAUCGGCUGAUGACGUCAGCCAGUUCGACUCUAAGUUCACCAGCCAGACCCCGGUGGACAGCCCCGAUGACUCCACGCUCAGUGAGAGCGCCAAUCAAGUCUUUCUGGGUUUCACAUAUGUAGCCCCAUCUGUGCUUGAAAACGUUAAGGAGAAGUUCUCUUUCGAGCCAAAGCUACGCUCACCGCGGAAGUUCCCUGGAAGCCCAAGAACACCUGUGAGCCCGCUGAAGUUUGCCGGAGGGGACUGCUGGCCCCGGGGGCCCUUACUGACCGACGGCUCAUCCCGGCCGUUCCCCAGCAGCUUUGUGGACCAGCCCAUGGAGGUGUCAACGGUGGAGCAAAUGGACACGAGCAGCAGUGGCACCGAGGUGUCUGCCCCCCUUCCCAUCAGGCACCCGGCGGGCCUGAGUGCAGGGCCCUACAAGAAGCAGGCCUACCCCAUGAACUCCAAGCGGCCCGAGCACCUGCGGAUGAACCUAUGACCCUUGGCUUGCACAUGAACUUUAGUCUUUUAAUUACCCCCCCCCUCCUUUUUAAUACUUUCUUUUUGGGACUUGUAGUUUUGUUAUUUUCCGUUGAACUGACACUGUCAGCGCUGAUCACCAGCUCUUCCAGCAGCGCCUUCCCUUCCAAACCCUCCCAAACCCUCCGAACCGGACCGGGCUCCUGAUGGGCUCCUGACGUGGAUGGCGGUCAGUGGAGUGGAAAGCCUGCUGGGUGGUUUUCCUCUUCUGGCUGCGGUGGAUCUGGUGUGUGGAUCUGGCAUUAUCAUACGAUUCACUGGUGCUCCUUAACUGUCAAAACUGCGCUGUUACUUGUCCCGGGUAGUUUUUCCUGAAGAAGCCACAAACAUCCAAAAAUCUUUUGGAUUUGGUUCUGGAUCAAAGUGAAAGACCUCCCAUAUGGGAUUUUUUUUGCCAUGAAUGAGAUCCCAUCUGGGCGCUAGUUGUCUGCUGAUCCGUAUCUCCUUCCACCGAUUUUUCCUUUUCUUUAUCACUUGGGGAUAAGAAGGGUCCAGGCCACAGCUUCAGAAGAUGGGCCACGCUGGGGCACAUUUUCACACUGACCACGGCCUCGCGUUGCCUUCGUCUCGGGUGGACAGGGGCAUGACC